AUGGAACAUCACAACGAGGAUGUGCAAACGGAAUUAUUUGAAUCUAUAAAGGCAACAGUUGUUGUGCAGAAACUUGAAGGUGAUGAAUUAACAGAGGAGAUGCAAGAAUCUUCCGACAGCGAAAGCGAAAUUGAACCAUCCGUAUACGAAAGGCGAAGGGAGUUGAAUGCUUGGCGAAUUGUGUUAGCUGAAAAGCUCUUUAUCGAAGCCAAAAAAAAGCUUUAUACUGAGAAACUGAAGCAGCUGGAAAAGAGGCAAGCUGAAGUUUUGAGCCAGGAGGCGGCAGAUUUUAUCAAGAAAAAGGAAGAAAUUCUUAAGGAAUAUCAUGAUAGAUUGCGGUACAUUGAAAUUAUUCGGUCACUACGGACCGAAUCGUUAAAGAGGCGUACCAUCGGUCAGUUAGAGUGUGCCCAACAGAAUUUGAAUAACAAUAAGCGGAUGGCUUAUGAAAAGAUCGAAACAGAUAUUUGGACAAGAAUGCGAAAGCUGGAUGAUGACAUGAAAAGAUGCACGAGGGAAUAUGUAAAUUUUUGUCGAGAAUUUGAACGAAGUAGGGAACGAGAACGGAGGAAACGAAAGCGUUUUCCAGUGGCCAAUGUAAUUGAGCGGUUAUUGGGUGAUGCGGUGUGCUCGUUGAUCGAUCCAUAUAAUGAAAAUGUUGACGAGGAUCUGUAUGUUUGCGAACAAGCUUUAAAAGCUGUAAAUGGACGAGAGAACUAGCAGUACUUUUAUCUACAUUUUCUACGCUGUGUAAAGCAAUAGAAAGAAGUCUUGAACAUGUGCUAGAAAUAAAUCAAUUAAGAAGAUAUGCUCAAUUAAAAGGAAAAAAUGAAUUUCAAUGAGAAAGGGUCUAUUUCGCUUCAUCGAAAUGAUAGCUUUUCGACAUUUUGUAACACAUGGAAACUAUUCAGCGACUCAAGUUAUUACAAUGAUUAGAAGUCGCAUUUUCUAAUAAAUUGGGCGUAUUGAGACAGUGAACUUAGCAUGCGAGUUUGAGAUUGGAUCCUGUUUCGCCUGGACAUAUUGCUUAUUCCUCAUUCCAAAGAUCAUAUCACUUAUUGAAAUGUACUUGGCAUUUGCUCAGGAUCAUAAGAUUACCGAAUUAAUUAUUAAUGUUAAGAAAUUAUCUUUUUUGUUCUAGUUAACUAGGGUUAAACCCAUACUAUUGCAUCAUUUCGGUUUCUUUAAUUUGUCCGAUUCAUAUUGAUUAUGCUUCCACUCUUAUCUGCAUAUUCUUGUUACGCCAAGCGAAAGAUUAUUUGGCAGUGAUUAAUAAUUGUUCAACCAUCAAGGGACGUGGAGAUAUGAUUAGUGUAAAAAAUAUACCGAUUGAUUUCAUCGGGUAUUCCGAAAAAAUAGAGAAAGCCAGUUUUUCGUCAAAUAGUGUAAUUUUUCGAGAAGCAGUAUACAUUAUUGAAAGUUUAUCUACGAACUCUUCCAUGUUUUGCAAUGCUUUACCAGUUUUUAUUUUGGAUUUUCUUUUGGACUGGCUGCUGCAAUGAAAUGAAUUUCAUUUACCAAGCAACUGUCGCAUGAAAUAUUGCCUUGUGUGAGUAUAUCAAAUUGUUUUUAGCAGAAACUACAAAUUGUUGUCUUUAACUCUUACUAUGUUUGCAUAUUUUUUCAUGUUUAUUACUUAUAAAGAUAGAAGAUGAACUCAUUGCAUACUGUUUAUCUCUGAAGUUUUCACAUCCUCAUUUUGUUUAGAUGUUUAAGAAGUGCAGCAACUGAUUGUCUCUAAUAGCGUUUGUACAUCCCACUCGGCAUAUUCGCUUGAAGCUAAAGUUGUUUAAAAAAUAAUAAUCUAACUUGUAUGGAAUUGACCAAGUUAACUAGCUUAAUUCCAUAUAUACUAGAUCAUCCAAUCCAUCACGUCUUACCUCGACGAUACAUUAUUGCACACUGUUUUUUUAGGCACCAUGGAGAGAAUUAUUUCUUUUUUAUUUGAUAUGUGAUUUUACAUGGUAUGUAUCAGAGAAUUUUUUCGUCUUAUAAAUAAAGUAAAAG